AGUAAUAAUCAUUGCAAAACUAUGUCCGAUGACACAGAUGAUGAUAUCAGGAGGUCAGAGAAUCUCCCAGAGGAUUCAAAACCAGGAUUAAGUAGAAGGCAAGAGUUUGAGGAAUGGGCCGAAGAGAAGUACGGCAGUGAAGAAGAAGAUAUACAAGAAGAAGAAGAGUUGGAACUCUUUCUAUAUGACUCUCAGAAAUACAUAUCGGGUCCUCGACAGGUGGAGAAUGGAACGAUGCCUAUAGAUUUCUUAGAGUUUCAUCACUCGUAUGCUUAUGAUUGCCGAAAGUAUUUCAAUCUCUGCGUCGCAGACCCUAACACGUUAAUCUUUGCUUCUGGAAAUUUGAUUCAUUUUUUUAACGUCAUAGAAGGCACGGUAUGGUUUCGACGGUGUUCAACCGGAGGUGGUAUAGGACAUAUAGUUAAAAAUCCUAUGCUUAACCAUAUUGCUGUUGGAGAGAAUGGAGUUAAUCCACCGAUAAUAAUAUACGAAUGGCCAAGCAUGGAGAUUGUUACAAUUCUGCGUAAUGGGACAACUAGGUCGUACUCUCAUCUUGCUUACAGGCCAGACGGUUUAUUAAUGGUCUCCCAAGGAGGAGACCCUGAUUAUUUAAUUACUGUGUGGAAUUGGAAGAAAUCUCAAAUCACGUUGCGCUGCAAAUCUUAUGGUCAAGACAUUUUUAACGUGACGUUUUCUCCAACUGUUUCUGGUCACCUCACGUCAAGUGGUACGGGUCAUAUUAAAUUCUGGAAGAUGGCAAGAACAUUUACAGGUCUGAAAUUACAAGGAGAACUCGGCAGGUUUGGCAAGACUGAAAUAUCAGACAUCAUUGGAGUUUAUCCUAUGCCAGAUGAGAAGGUUGUCUCAGGCUGUGAAUGGGGGAAUAUUUUAGUCUGGGACGAAGGACUGAUCAAAGUAGAAGUGUGUAAAAAAAAUAGAAAACCCUGCCACAUGAAGUACAUCAGUCAAUUUGAAUAUAAUAAUGAGGAAUUGAUGUCAGUAGGAAUGGAUGGAUGGAUCCGCAUUUGGUUUUACGAGACCAUAGAUCAGGCUGAUCCACCUGACGACGAUCGCUUCGUUGAAGUAGAGCCGGUCUAUGAAUUUCAUAUCACCGAGGAUACUGAAAACGACGACGACCGUCAGAGUUCGAUGCUAAUGUGUAUCCAGAAGCAGAAACCAGAAGACCCUGAAGAAACAUUGUGGUAUGCCCAAGAUGCCAAUGGUGGAUUGUGGUUAAUAGAUCUUUGCACUUUACAAACUCCUGAGGCUCCGAAGAAGAUUCUGACAUGUCACGCAGGCCCUAUCACCGAUAUGGAUGUUGCUGAUUGGGGACCUUUCGUUGCAACUUGUGGAACUGAUGGACGACUACAUAUUUAUAAUUACUUUGAAAAGAAAUUAAUUCUGGUGCACUACUUUCAUGAUGUCGGCAACAAAGUAGUCUGGUUUCCUACUACGGUCGAAGCAACUGGCUCGAUUAUAGUGUGUGCUUUUGCAAGUGGGAUCAUACGAGUGAUAACAGCGGCUGUGUUAGAAGCUAACAUAUCGAACGAAGUAAAAGGUGAUUACGUGAGGCUAAUUCAAGUGUUAAAACCUCAUCUGUCGACUGUCACUGCCAUGAGUUUGAAUGCAUCGCACAGUUUGUUGGUGACGGGUAGUGACGAUGAAACUAUAUUCACCUUUCACAUAAAAAGAACUAAAACAUACCCAAUUCUUGAGCCGAUUGGCUACGUAAAAGUUCCAUCGGGAGUCACCUGCAUGACAUGGAAACCUAAACAUGAAACAACUAUUCUCAUAGGUUGCUCCAGGGGUGAUUGCAUGGAAGUGGAAUUACCCCAUAUACCGCAAGAGUACACUACGGUGACUUACGAAUUGGUUCGCUGCGAGCCAAGAUUCUUCAAAUUCAAAUCUGUGAAAUCAUUCAUCAGACGAGAACAAAUUCGAUCGGCUCUCGAGGCUAAGAAAGAAGCAAAAAUUACUAGGAAGCGGGACCAAAUGGAACGUUUACGCAUUGACAAUCCUGGAAUCGAAAUUGACGAGGAAGCGUUCUUAAUGGAUUCCGAAGAAGAUCCACCUCUGCCGGAGAUUUACAUCCCCAAAGUACCUAAUCAAGUUUUAAUGGUGCAUUACAUGGUGGAUGGAACAGUUUGGUUGUCGAUGAGUGGUUUCGAUUCUGGAUAUAUAUACGAAUAUCCAGAUCCUUUGCCUGGGAAGUUCGAAGAGGAGCCUAUUAAAAGCACUGUUGUAUUCGAGGCAGAUGACACAGAAAUUCGGAGCUGCUUGUUUUAUGAAGAGUACCUUAUCUUGGGCAUGGAACAUGGAGAAAUUCGGGUUUGCCGUGUUAAUCCAAAUGAUCAUACAGAUUUCUCGGACUACUGGAUACUACCGAUGCACGAUAAUUACAAUGGUUAUAUACCCACGAUGAAGUUAAGUCACGAUCACAAGAUGUUACUCACAUGUGGACAUGAUGGUAAUCUGUUCUCAUUCAAGAUCAACUAUACAAGACUGUCCGGUUCUCAUUCAAUUCCUCAAGCAAAAUCCCCAUUACCUCUGCCCACUGCGAGUGUGGAAGACAUCGAGGAUCCUUCGGAGUAUCCAAGUUUAGAAGAAGUUAUCGUAAGGGUGGAGCAUGAUAGAAUAAUGGCUGCAGCUAAGCAAAAGAAAGAUCAAACACUCGACGUUUUACGAGGCUUAGUUGAGGAAUACGGAAAACUCGUGGAGAGGAAUCGUGGUCUACUUAAAUCUCAGCAGAUUCCACAAGAGGAGUUUGAACUGGAUCCUAGGAUUACUGCAGACCUGAACCAACAAUUGGCUGCGGAGAUGAACUUUGUUCAUAGAAAGUUGGCUUUCAGAGUAGAGAAAAGCAAACUUGGAUUACAGAAAUUGUUGGACCACUUCAUUAAACCCAUUACCUGUCUACCCUUCGCAGUGCGUAGGAUUUUGAGGCCGGAUGCUGUGGUCUGGUCAUUGAGAGAAAGAAAACUUGACGAUGAUUUUCAUACAAUCUACAAAGACAUCAUACGACGAAUUGAAGAAAAAAACAAGGCAGACCAAAGAGGAAUUGCAGCUUGGGCGACUCGGUAUAGUUUAUCACGUGAUGAUAAAACACUGACACAGGUGGCAGACGUGAAGUCUAUAGAGAACAUCGAAGAGGACGGAGAACAUUUAAAAAUUCAAGGUAUAGAGAGCUUCCUAAAAGGUUUAAGUCCUUCCACUAUUCAAUAUCGACUAGGUGUUCAGAUCAAUCAAUUAUUAAGAAAGUAUAGAGCCCGAAAAGCUAGAUUAGAAGAACGAAAUAGAGAGUGGAAAGCUAUGUACGCCAGUAAGCCAGAUCCACACGUUAAUCAUCCAGAUGACGUUCUUGCAAUUGCCGAGGCAAAAAGGACCAUCGGAGAUUAUAAAUUAAAGUUGUCAUCCAAUUUCAGUGCACCACCAGAAAAGCGCGAAAGCACACUAACCAAGUACAAACAACUUUUAGACUGCCGCAGGAAGGCUCACCAUUUACGCGAGGACUUCAAUAACAAGCUUAGAAACGUACGAAAUAAGAAGCAACGUCUUCAGCAAGAAGUGAUGGGCUUGGUGGCAACAUUAAAGACUAUACACUCCGAGAUCCCACAAAAGAAAGUUAAACCUUUGCCAAGCAUUCCCACGUUUGAUUAUAACACCGAGUUUCCUGAAAGGAAUUUAGAGCUGGAGAAAUACACCUCCAUGGCAGAGCGCGUGAAAGAAGCGAAGCGAAAGAAACAGUCUAUUGUCAUAGAAGAUGCCGUUCAACAUUUGGAUGAGGAAUAUGAAAUAUUAUUGUUAGAUGAAAAAGUUCUUCGAGCAGAGCAUGAGGCAACCCAAGCGGAGGAAUUAUCGACACUAGUUGCAGUCCCUGAGAAAAUAUACAAGGUGCAGAUUAUGGUACCCAGUGAAAUUAUGCAAAAUCUUGCUUCAAAUGAUCGAAUGGAAACCUCCUGGGAACGCGAGAUGAAACGCGCGAGAGUCAUGCGAAAAAUCCAUGAACAGGAUUGUAUAUUAAAGCACAUUCAGAAUAGUUACGAAGACCUAGAUGAGGAGUUGGACGAACUCGAACGAGAGCGGUUAGAAAUCGUCGCGGACAGCGUUUACAUGGAUCUCUUUUUGUUAACUUUGCAUCAGGAAUUCAUAGUUUUAAAGGACUUCGAGACCAUGGAGAAUUUGCUUACGGAUAAAGUCAACGAGAAACUGAAAGAACAAGCUGAUGUGAAGAAAAAGAUACUUGCAAUCAAUAGCAUGAUAGAAGGUAAGAACAGGGAAAUCCUCAAGACCCAGGAAAAAAUCAAAGAUCUGGUGGCGCAGUUCAUGAGCAUGAUCAACGAGAACAAGUUUCACGAUUUUUUAAAGAGGAUCUUUAAAAAGAAAUUCAAGGCACCAAAAACUGACGAUGAUACGUCGGAAUCAUCCGAGUCCUCGACGAGUGAAUCCAGCUCGGAGGAUGUUGACGCAGGAAGCAUUGACAGUCGAGAUAUCGGACCUCUUCAAAUUGACGAGAAUGUUUGUCCUGUAGGUUGUGAAAAAGAGUUAUACGAUGCUGCGUUUUCAAUGAGGGAAGAGCGUUACGAAUUUGAGCGUCUCAUAAAAGAAAAUCAAACGAUUAACGAGAGCCUGCGUAAGGAGGCAGAAAGCCAUGCGAAGAAAUUGAGAAUCAUAGAGAUGAACUUGAGGAGCAAUCGGGAAAAUCUAGAAGCCUAUAUGAGAGAGAAGCAACAGAAGCUGAAUGACAUUGACAUGACUGUCAUUCUAAAGUUUCACCAGUUACAACACUUUAUUGACUCGGAAAAACUAGCAGAUAUAAAUAAUUGCGUUCUGUUUGAUAAAACGAAGCUAAAUGAUUUGUACAGUAGAGUUGGAGAAUUAGAACGAGAGACUGAAGAGCAGAAAGCGAAGCAUAAGAAAAAUCGACAUCAUCUCCAUCGAAUGAAAGUUGACUGCAAACAUAUGGAGGAGGUUAUAAAGAAACUUAAAAGUAACAUAAAGGAGGAGAUGAUUCGAAAAUUUGGUCAAGAGCUGUCGCUGAGCACACUCUACGAAGCAGUUCUUCAAAGAAUGAUCUAUGAGACCAAAGUUAAUUUGAAUUCGAUGAUGAAGUCUUACGACGAUCAGAUAAAAUGUGUCAAGAAAAAGUAUGCAGAACAAGUCGAUACUUUGAAGGAUCUCAUUCAAGAUAACACAGAAAAGUUGUGUUUCCUGACGGUUCUGGAAGAGGAACAAAUUAAGCUGCAAAAAAUUUUAAGACGCGCUCCUAUAACGGAGGAAGAUAUACAGAGAAUUGAAACGACGUACCGUGACGACUUGACUAGAUUAGAAAAUAUUUUAAGAAGCCAAAUGCAUCAGAAGGAGUUAUUUCAGAAUGAUAUCAGAAACCUUAGUUUAAAGUCCAAACCCUUACCGCCAAUUUGUAUGAAUGAUAAACGUAGAAGGAGAAUUGACAAUAUCAAUGACACGAGAUUCACGAUAAUCGAUGUUACAACGGAAAAUGAGUAUGGCACUGACAACGCUGACUUUGAAGAUGAUACUUAUAGCAGAAUGGAAGAAGUUGAAGAUUAUAGGAAGGACGAGGUGAUGGAAGAAGGGUCCAGAUACACACACUCCGAGUUGUUCAAUGAUACAACUAUAGCAACGAUGGUACGGAAUUUGUUGUCUCGAAUUAUUGAGGUUUCUGUGGAAGAUGAGACAAUGUUAUUAGAGACAAAGGAAAUGUUGCACAGUGUAAUAUCAAAUUUAUCACUACAAGGAUCGGAGGAAGAAUUAUAUGCUGAUAUCGAGCGAGGUGUCGACGAUAUCAUGUCAAUAUUGUCGCAGAAUGAUAAAGAUGAUGCAGCAGAAACGCGCGAAAUAAUACGAGAGAGCCUACACAAUAUUAUUUCCAGGCUCAGCAAAGAAACCCAUAAAACGCAUCAAGAAAACGAUAGUAUUCAAGAUCUGAAACGUGAAUUGAAUGAAUUACUUCGAAGCAUUGGCAGUGAAAUGGAGGCAGAAGUGAUAGAUAAUACACUGGAACUUUUAGAACUAAACGAUGCAGAUGCUGCUAUCGAAUACUUUGAUAGUUGUUUACCGCAAGAUAUUAAUGAAGAAACUAAAACGACUGUAAAGGAACGUCUUAUGAAUCUUUUUAGAAAAACAAAGCACGAGGCUACAGAGGUUAUACCGGUACUUGAAGGAAUUGAACAAAUUGAUGAGGAGGCACAGGAAUACAAUCCUACUUCGGAACAAACUCAAGAAACUAAUUAGAAUGAUACAACGUUGAGAAAGAUCUGUACAAGUUUUAUUUUUCUUAGGAAACAUUUUACAAACCAUAAAUUACAAUAACUCCAUCGUAUGGAGUUUUGUACCUUAGAUUACUGUAAGUUCGCUGUCGCACCAAAUCUCGUCACCAUUUUACAGACUGCCAUUGUCUAACUAAACUCCUUAUUUGAAAUAAUAAACAAUGCCACGAACUCUA